AGGCGGCGAGUAAAAGACGGCGAAAUUGAGAACAAUGUCCGAGUAAUUUAUUUCCUAAGUCCCCCCCAUCGCGGCUGUUUAUCUAGCCCCGCGUCCUAGUUUUUUUUUUUCUUCUACAAGGGGACGAUUCGGGGACGAUGCGGCGACUCAAACACGGUUCUCCGGUUUUAUGUCUUUUCACUUCUCUCUUCAGCGGCGGCGGCCGGUUCCGAUUUCUCCCGGCUGCAACGUAGCGGCGCACCCUGGCGCCCUCGCUUACAACGAAGAAACUGAAGGUCAACAGAACGCGCUCGCUCGCUUGUUGGAGCAGGACGCGUCUUUCUUUGCUCUCGCUCGGUUCAGCGGGUAGCUAUUUUCUCUGCUUGUCGAAGCGGCUGCUUGUGCUGUCUUUAUGACCGCUUAUAAGUUCAUUCUUUUCACGGUGACGUUCUCGCCUUGAGCGUUACGUACAAUCCGGCAUCGGAGAUCGAGACCGAGCGCCUCUCCUCGCCAGGCUUCGCCGUCUCGUGCAGGUUCACUAUAAACAUUUGCGAACCGAACAUGGACAUGGACGCUACCGAGGAGAGUGACCCGUGCUACAGCCCGGGCCCGCUGGAGAUCGCCUUGGACUCUUCGAGCAGGGAGUCGUCGAGCUGCGAAGCGCCCGUGGAGCCUUCACCGAUCGAACCGCCUCCGUCGCUGUCGGAAGCCACCCCGAGGAAGAGGAAGGCCAAUCGCAGGUUCGCCAAGUCACUCUCCAAAAGCGACGACUCUAGCGCCGGAGCGGACGCUGCCACCGGAAGUUCGCGGACUCCCCGGAAGCGGAAGUCCUACUCCGUCACGGAAAAGCUGGCUCUGGUAGCAGAAGUGGAGGCAGGGCGAAAGAAGGUGGACAUCUGCCGCGAGUACGGCAUUUCCGCCUCGACGCUGGCGAGCAUCACCAAGAACAAGGAGCAGUUCAUGGCGGCGUUCGAGGAGAGCCGGCUGAAGGCCAAGCGGCUGCGCAAGGCCACGCGCGAGGACCUGGACCGCGCUCUGCUCCGCUGGUAUCACCAGGCCACUGCCUCCGGGACGCCCAUCAGCGGCCCGCUCCUGCAGGCCAAGGCGGAGAAGAUCGCCGCCGAUCUCGGGUACGAGAACUGCUCGGUGCCCAACGCAUGGAUCGACCGCUUCAAGAAGCGCCACUCGCUCACCUACGCCCGCGAGCGCAAGGAGAUGGGCGCCGACAUUCCGGACGUGGACACGUGGCUCAACACUUCGUGGCCGCAGAUUCGCACCGGCUACUCGUCCUGGGACAUCUUCAGCGCCGUCGAGACCGGGCUGUUCUUCAGGGCGCUGCCCAAGGAAGCGGCGCAACUCAGUGGUGCCAGCUGCGAGCAAGGACAACUGGCCCAGGACAGGUUCACGAUCUACCUCUGCACCAACAUGACCGGCGAUGAACGGAGGCCGCUAGUGGUGAUCGGCGCCUCGCCGCUGCCUCACAGCGUCGUCCUGCCGGGGCUCACGUACGCCGUGAACGAGAGGUCGUGGAUGACGCGGCGGUUGUUCCACGAGGAGCUGCGCCGCUGGGACCGCGAGCUGGAGUCCCGCAAGCGAAAGGUCCUGCUUCUCGUCGACCAGACCGUCUGCCACGAGCUGCGCAAGAAGGCCAACCUCAAGAACGUCGACAUCAUACACCCGCCGCCAAACACAAGCGGCUUGCUCAUCCCGUUGGACCACGGCAUCGUUCACGCGCUCAAGCGCAACUACCGCAGGGCGCUCGUGAUCCACACCGUGCUGCAGGAGAUACCCACGGUUCUUCAGGUCCACGAGGCCCUGCGGCUCCUCGCCGUCGCCUGGAAGGGCGUCAAGGACCGAACCAUCAGGUCUGCCUUCGGGGCCUGCGGUCUGCACAGCAUGCACCACCUCAACGACAACGCCGAAGGCGGCGAUCGCGACGAGACGGACGACCCGCUCGAGCUGUGGUCGUCCCGCUACGACCUGCCGGAGGACCUCGUCGACGGCAUUGGCGAGUUCGAAGCCAUCGACGAGUUCGUGGCCACGUCGGCGAAGCUGCAGAGUGACCAGGGCGGCGACGAUGCCGGUGAGCGGUUCUCCUCGUCCAAGACCGAUGGGGGCGUGCUGUCGUCGAAGAAAGCCGAUGGCAUAGCUCCGUUCGAAGUUCUGGACGCGGUGGACCUGCUCUUGAAGUACUGCGAGAACUCGCCACUCGGAAUGAGCAGGCCUGAUACCGAAAAAGCAGCAGAAGGUCUUAACGCUCUGCGCUUCAGCGCUCAGAUGACCGCUUUCAAAAGGACGUAUGCCCUGGACUCUAAGUAGCAUACCGGACACUGAAGCAUUCCUCGCUGGUUUGAAGACGAUCCGCUUUGGACCUGCCUACUCCGCUACGGCCCUGUAACGUUGCUGGGAAAGCCGAUAGCGCGGAGUAGCGUGUGACAACGCUCGAAAAGUUUCGUCACGACCCUACAGAUGCGACCGUGCCACCCAAAAGCAUUCGCCAUCCAAGAUCGAGGGCAGGGUGCCUGUUAUAAGAAGCACUGUGGCGUGAAUUCCCUGGAAAGUGCCAGGUCCUGUGUAUAUGUGACCCAGGAACUGCUGUCGAAACUGGCCCCUUGUCGUUAUUGAGGCUAACGUUAUGUAAUACAUUGACUGACUUCCCAUUAUCCGUGUCAGUUCUCGGACGUUUGCCCUCUGAAGGACGUGCGCUCUACAUGGAGUGCAGACGCUGGACAAUGCGGCGGGUCAAUUGGGCAUUGCAAUCCGCAUGGAAGCAACACGAAUCAGGGCAUGAACUCUUUCAAGCAGCAAUGAAGGCCGUUACUCUCUUCCGACCGAAGGACUGUAGGCAAAGCUUACUGUUAACCUGACAGGAACGAAACGAGUCGGUAAAGACAAACUGUCCCACUUCGAAUACAUGACUGUAUACGGACAAAAAUAAAAGCGUCAUUUGGAUCGUUUCA